AAUACAACUUCAGCUUUUGUAUUGAAGCUGACACAUGAGAAAAAAUCUGUAACCAAUUACAUUGAUUUCUUCUUCUUUCUACUAAUCGAAAAAACCAAAAUUUAAGAAUCUCCGCCGCCGAUCCAAUACCUUCUCCGUCGAGUUCUUUUCCCUGCAAACCAGGAGUGUGCCGGUCCCCGUUUUGUUUUCCGAUCAACCCUCCAACGUCUAUGUGGCUUCAAAUUCCACGGAAGUGGAGAUAGGAAGUCAAGAAAUUGUGAAAAAAUCCGAGCUUGAUCUGUGCUCCAGUUAUGGCGGAUUCAAUAGACAUGAUGGUGCUGACUUGGUUGAAGUUCGAUUAGAUUGGCUUAAGGAUUUCAACCCUCUUGAGGAAGACCAACAAUCUGCAUCCAUAUCUAUUAAAAAAGGUGAACGAACCGUUUAGUGAGCUGAGGAUUUAUCCAAUUAGCAGCGGUUUUUCACCAUGGAUGCGGCUGGCGAAAGUUCUUCUAAUCAAAAAAAUGAGGUAGGAGAGAAGCCUGUGAUUGUUCGAGUUAAGAAAAAAAAUGGGACAGUCUCUGCUAGAUGCUUUCUGUAAGUUUCUUCACUCUCUCUUUGCUCUAUGUCCUCUGUUUGCUGCUCUUGGUCUUUUUCUCCGUCUGUAGCUAUUAUGUGGACGGGGAAGAACGGAUUUUGUUUUGGCAUUUAGGGUUAGAGAUAAAUGAAAGACCACUCAAACGGCAGACUCUGGAUUUAUCAAAGCUAUCUAUUUCAAAUUCGGGCGAGAGUGGUUCAUCUGUGGCAGAGGACGUGAAACCGAAGAAGGUGCUACACCAAAGAAAUAUUCAAAGAAACUAAGCAAACAAGAAAAAAUAUGCUCAAGAGCAAGAGAUACCCCUUUUGUCGUGUUUGUGCUACAAUCUGUAUCUCUUCAAAGAAAUCUCCUCUGCCUUCUCUAUUCACCUACAGACCAAAAUGGGAAGGUGGUCAAUAUGGAGGUGAUCAAAAGGAGCGACAGGAUGUGCUCCGAUUGGCCAUGGAGUUGGGAGCUGAUUACGUUGAUGUUGAACUUCAGGUUGCAACUGAGUUCAUCAGAUCGAUUGACGGAAAGAAGCCUGAGAAUUUCAAAGUAAUUGUUUCAUCGCACAACUAUGAGAAUACCCCUUCCGUUGAAGAUCUCAAUGACCUUGUUGCAAGAAUACAACAGAGUGGAGCCGACAUAGUGAAGAUUGCUACUACUGCUGUGGACAUCACAGAUGUUGCUCGCAUGUUCCAUAUAACCUCAAAUGCUCAAGUUCCCACAAUUGGGCUUACUAUGGGCAAGAGAGGUCUGAUGUCUCGGAUUCUUUGUUCCAAAUUUGGUGGUUAUCUGACCUUUGGCACCUUAGCUUCUGGAAAAGUUUCUGCGCCAGGUCAACCAACGAUCAAAGAUCU